AUGAACCCUUCUGACACUCUCAGGACUGAUUCUAACAUUUCUCGCACAAAUACUCCUGCAAAAUUUGCCCCUGCAGCCAGUGAUCACCCUGUAGUGCCUACCCAGGUGGAAUAUUUUGAUCUUUUCUGCCCAGCGCAAGCUUAUAGUGUGCGUGAAAAUUCCUGCUUCCUUGAGGGUCCAGGCCAUCCACGGAUGCAUCCUCCCCACGCCAUGUAUUGUGAUUUGGAGUAUCCAUCUCCCCACAUGUACAGCCCGGCCCUUUAUCCUGCUGGACCAUUACCUCCUAGUCCUGAUACCUCUGGACUGGUGCCUCCCACUGUCACAAACAUCCGACCUCCCUCUAUCCUUCCGAUCGCUUUUGCAGAGGCUGUGUCCGAUGAAGAGCUCGAACAACCGUUACUCGCACCUGCUAAGGUGGGUGGUAAGGGAAAAGGCCCCACAAAGCCACAGGCUGACCCUGACAGCAAGCUGGUAGUUGGCGAGGCCCCCAAAAAAGGUUGGAAAGAUGGGGCGACUGGCUACUCUGCUGACGAAGUCAACCAUAUACUUAAGGAGAUUGUCACUUAUAAUCAGUGGGCUUGGCAGAAUCAUAUGAUGGAGCGCUCAUCCAAGGCCAUUCAAGUGAAGUAUGAUAUGAUUUGUCGUAUGGAGAAACCCACAGGAGAUGGCGAGCUGCCUGAAUAUGUGGAACUUGCUCGUCAGAUUGAGGAUUCCAUUACAAGGAAGUCAGGGAUGAUUGCACUUGAUGACUCUGAGUGGGAUGAAGGUGAUAUCAGGAGUGAGAUUGAAGGGAAAGAUGUUCUAGAAGUGUCAAGUGAGUCUGACAAGGGAGUGAGAGGUGCGAAGGAUCGUGACGAGACUUGGCUCUCAUCACUUGUCCAAUUCAAUCAGAUCAACACUCUGCAAGCUGAACUUCGCGAAGUGAGGCAACGCAUUGAAUCGCUCAAUGACCGCCUCAUGCAAGAGUGUUGUCGCGCAGAUUGUGCAGAGAGCCAAGUUGAAAUGCUCAACAAUGGACUCAAAUCACUUGCACUAGCAGUUGACAUUGAUGCUGAGGAUAAGGAUCACCGUGAUCAUGGUCCUGUAGAGCAGUUUUAA